AUGGCGUCUCUACAGCUUAAGAGCAAUGAAACGUUUUACUAUUCGAACAUAUCCAAUGUGGGGGAGGACAGCGGGAAGGGAUCGACGAACACUGCAGGGGUAUCGAAGCGAGAUGGAUCUUGUCAAAGAAAAGAAAGUGAGAAGGUCCACUCGGAGAAGUAUGUGUGGUGCUUCUAUAACAACAUGUACAAGAAGAUGGAGAUAUGCGGAUUCAGCGAAUCGGGAAAGGCUUACACCCUUAAGAGAAAAGGAGAGACCCUGGAGAAUGUCUCCGCCGAGAAGGUCAUCCCGUGCCUAAAGGAGCACAUCCAGCUAGACAGCGAAAACAACAUCGACAUCAUACAACUGAAUGAGCCCAACGUGAUAGAGAAUUUAAAAAAUCGAUACGCGAAGGAUAAGAUAUACACUUUCCAUGCGUCCCUCCUCUUGGCCAUCAACCCGUAUAAGCAGAUUAAGGGGCUCUACGGCGUGAAGAGUAUGAAUAGGUACUUGAGCAAAUUGGGGAGGGGCUCCCUGGGAAGAGGCAGGACUGAUGGGCGAACCGAUGGCAUGAUUGAUGGUAGGACCCAUGGCAGCACCGAUGCCAUAACCAAUGACAUCACCGAUGACAUCACCGAUCAUCGCUUCAACCACCGGAGCGCCCCUGCGCACAUUUACGACAUCGGGAACAUGGCAUACAGAAACAUGGUGCUGAAGAGAAAGCGGCAAACCAUCGUCGUCUCGGGGCACAGCGGAAGUGGGAAAACGGAAAAUUGUAAAAUUCUGUUCAAGUAUUUCCACUACAUUUUCUUCCACAAAAGUGGAGGGCGCCGUGGAGCAGGGGAGGAAGAGGCAACAGGGGAGGACGGAGGAGGAGCCGAAGACGAAGCAGUGGAAGACGAAGCAGCGGAAGACGAAGCAGCGGAAGACGAAGCAGCGGCGCGCCGAAGCAGACAAUCCAGUGAACAACUCUUAGCAGGGCUUCACCCGGGUGAUCCCAGCGGAGAUGCAAAUCGACAACGGAUCGACAAACUAAUAUACAUUAACAACAUAAUCGAGGCCAUGAGUAACGCCAAGACGAUCAAAAACAACAACAGCAGCAGGUGUGGACGGAUAAACGAUUUGAUCUUUGAGGAGAGGAACAGGACAGAUGAAACCUUUUUCAAUUACUGCUUCUCCAAUAUAAAGAUUUCUAUUCUCUUGCUGGAAAUCAAUCGCUGCAUUAGUCACAACAAGGGGGAAAGGAACUUUCACAUUUUUUACCAACUCGUUAGGGGAUUGACAGAUGCACAGUUGGGUCAGAGGGGGCUGGUUCGCGAUGUCCAUCAGUACAGGCUUCUCCGUUGUGGUAACCAUGGAGAGGAUAGUCACACUGGUGAGGAUAGUCCUACUGCUGAUUCUUCCCUUGAGGAAGAGCGGAAAGAUGAGAAGAACUUUCAGCACCUGAUGGACGGCCUGAGGUACAUACAGUACGACGAGGGGAGGAUAAGUCAGCUUAUAGAUGUGAUCGCUGGGAUUAUUCAUUUGGGGGAGAUUGAUCCGGGUGGGGGGGAAGAAGAGCAGCGAAUGGACGGUGAGGAGAGCGAUGAGUCCAAGUUGGCAUCGAAGUCGGCAUCGAAGUUGGCACCGAAGUUGACUUCCGAGUUGCCGUCCAACUUGUCGACAACUCCUGAGGCGCCAGCGCCGGCGGGGAGGAGGACCCCAAAUGACGAGAGCUACCAAAAGGCAUGCGCCUGUUUGCGGUUGCCCGUUGCCGAUCUAGAGAGCUUAAUCAGGUUCAAAUGCAUCCACGUCUCUGGGGAAAGGAUCCGGACCCAUCGGAGCAGAGACAAUUCGGUGUAUACCCUGCACAGCUUGAUAAAGGUGAUAUAUAAAAACCUAUUUAGCAGAGUCGUGAGUGACAUAAAUAGGACGCAUCUGUCUGGGAAAGAGAGCGAAGAGAUUAUGAAUGAGUCUGCCUACGCAAGGAAUAAUCAGAUCAUUUCGAUUCUGGAUCUAUACGGGUUCGAGGAUCUAGCUACCAAUGACUUUGAGCAGCUGUGUAUCAAUCUAGCCAAUGAGAAAUUAAACAAUUACUACAUUCUGAACGAAGUGGAGAAAGAGAAGCUUGUACAAAAGGAGGAAAACAUCCUCUGGAGUGAUGUUCCUAUUCCGAACUAUGAAGACACGAUCCAUUUUGUGGAAAGGUUAUUUUCAAACCUGGAUGAUAUAACCAAGCUGAAUAGCUCUGGACAGAAGAAAGUCGACGAUAAUUUCUUUUCCUAUCUUCUAAAUAAUGAGAGGAGCUACCUGGAGAAGGGGACCUACGGCUUUGUCAGCAAUAAGGAUGGCUCCUACACGGAUAAAAGGCACAGUGUGCAGAGGAACGUCUUCUUUGUGAAGCACUACGCGGGGUGCGUGACCUACACAGUGAACGAGUGGAUAAAGAAGAACAGCGACCGGGUCGAGGCAGAGAUAGAGGAGCUGAUCGCCCAGUCGGGCAACUGGUUCCUUCGCGAGGGGGGAGCGACAAGUGGGCAUGGUGAAGCGAUGAGGGGGGAAGGAAAUGUGUGCGGCGGAACUGUGGGGGCAGGACGUCUGGGGGGAGGAAAUCUCGACAAAUUACAAAACGGGGAUGGCAUAGCCAAGCGAAAUGACCCUAACCAGCGAACUAAUGCGAACUGCUUUUUGGCCUCCGCAAGGGGGGUAGUACCCACCGUAGAGAGCAUCCACAACGCCCCCUCCAACAAAAACAUUCUAAGCGUUAGUAAGAAGUAUAUAAAAGAGCUAGAUAGGUUAUUCUCAAACAUGGAAAAGACGGACCUACAUUACAUUAGGUGCCUCCUGCCAAACGAACAAAUGAAGAUAGAUCACUUGAAGAAGGGACUCCUCUACACUCAGUUGAAACAAUGUGGAGCCAUUGAGAUGGUCAAAAUUGUGAAUAGAGGAUUAUCCCAUAAGGUACUAAAAAUGGAUUUUCUACAUAGAUGCAGAAGAGACAUCCCCAAAACAUUGCAGCACUGUAGGGAUGACGAUAUUGUAUACUACUUCAUGCGAUUGUUUGACGAGAGGGAUAGGUUUAAGUUGGGAAGGAAUUACAUUUUUAUGUCGUCAGAGGUGUAUACAGAUGUGCAUGGGUACUUGUAUGGCGAUCAGUCCCAUCAGAUGAGUAGUCUUCUUCCCCGGGUGAGCGAUGAAGCAGAGAGGAAAAUUCUCAAAGAAAUAAGAUCGAUGCGAUUUAGGAGGUCCGUGACCGUGGUAAAGAUACACAUCUGGUUUAAGACACACUAUAGUCCCUAUUUGAAUAAAAAAAGAAUGAUGAAGGAAAAGGCCUGCGAUUAUAUUUUUAAAAUGUACUUAAUCUUUAAGACAGUGAGGAGUGUGAAGAAGAGCCUGGGGUACAAUGUCCGUCGUCUGCAGAAGGUGCUGGCGCGGAAGGCCUACGGGGGGUUCUUCAAACAGGUGCGGGCGGUGAAGAGGGGGAAGCCAAAGAAUCUGGGUACCUCCUUCGGCGGAGCAGUGCGCUCAAAGGUUGGUGCAGGGGAAGCCACUAAAGAGGGGACUAAGGAGGGGACUAAGGAGGGGACUAAGGAGGGAACGAAGGAAGGCGUUAAAGAGGGCACUAAAGAGGGCGUUAAAGUAGGCACUAAGGAGGGCGUUAAAGUAGGCACUAAGGAGGGACUUAAAGAGGACACUAAAGAGGGCGUUAAAGAGGGCGUUAAAGUAAGCACUGAGGAAGCGUUACCGCCCAAGUUGCAUCCCCCCCCUUGCGAUGAUCAUGAUGAUGAUGAUACACACUGCAACGGGCUCAGCCACGUGGCACCAGAAAUGUUUGUCGCCACACCGGAUAAUCGCCAUCACGUGUACAAUAACAUCGACUGGGUCGUGGUGUUCCGAGAGAAGCAGGUGCACCUGUACAGCGUCGCCUACUCCUUUGAGCGGGUGUGCAAGAGGUACCUCCCCGAUUUUGACGCCGUCACGGUGAGGAAGCUUCCUUGGGGAGGUGGUGACUAUCCCAUUUCACAGCUCGAGAGACACAGUGACAUGCCUCCCCUCAUUCACUGCAUCGGACAGCACCCCCUGUACAAGAACAUAUUCCUAGCGGUGGACGCGGACUUAGUUGUCCGUAUCUUUACCUACCCGACACUGGACUCCAUUAAGAGUUUCCUAAAAAAGAAGAUCGAGUUGCUGAAGCGGGGUAGCGAUGACAUACCGAGUACCUACCUGCCGCAGUUGCAUCGGAGUAGAAGAUUUGGAGGCCCCUUAGGCGGGGGAUCCUCAAUGGGAGCAACCACGCAGGGAAGUCAACCAGGCGAACUCUUCAGCGAAGAAAAUCUCAACCUAUUUAUGCAUAUGUACAAAGAUGUGUACGUGCUGAGCUCGCUGGGAAAGGCAGCAGGGGGGGCCGAAGUGAUGGAGGGGGGGGAAGCGGGACGACCAGGGUGGAGCACGCGAAGGAGGGGAAUGGCGCCCACGGGAACGAUGCCAACCACGCGAACCACGCGAGAAGAGUGCACCCUGCUCAGGCGAAUAAAGAAAGAGGAGUACCUCGACGCGGAGAUGUACACAAACCCGUCAUUUAAAAUUCUGAAGGUCACCUUCCUCCCCACGAGCCUUAGCCACUUCCUAUGUCUGGCCUAUCUGCACACAGGACAGGACCACUACUUAUUGGUGACCUUAGUGAACUGCUUCUCCAAGCCCACCUACAAUUACACGACGAAAAUUCAGAUCAGUGACGUUAUCGAGAAUGAGCAUUUUAGGAAGUCCUUUGAGCAUUCAUGUGGAGAUUCCCUUCCUACUGCUUCAAUCCAAUCGGUGAGGAGAUCCCUCCCAGGGGAUCAAAACGGAGAGAGAGAGAGAAAAAAAAAAGACGUAGAGAAAUAUCUCAGCACAAUAAACAUGUCCGUAAUUAGCAACUCGCAUGUAGUCAUUCACGGAGCUUGUCUUCUCACCCUGUUGGAAGUGCAGCGUUACGAUUUAUGCUCUGCAGACGUGUAUGUACGGCAGUAUGAGUACCCAUUUUUGCGAGUCGUAUUCAAUCUGAUCUGUUUUGAAGUGUUUAGCCACGUGUGUGACGAGCACAUGGGGAGAUUGUCGCACGAUCUGAAGCACAGCUUGGUUGUUGAUGAGUUGUUUGGGGGGAAGAAGUGGGAGAGGAAGAAGUUGGAAGACGGGAGAAGGAAUACUCAAAUUUGCCUGAACAAGUCAGGCGAUCCUGAUAGUUGUGCACACUUGGAAGAACCGCCUGACUCAACGGACGCGCAGGAACCGCCUCGCCAUUGCUCCUUCUAUGUAUUUUCCCCACGGGGAGGAAUAUACCUGUUGACCAAUGACGGGCAGGGGGGCUCCUCUGGGGAGCUCUUUCGCCACGGCCCCUGGGGUAUUCGGAAGUUCGCAGGGAGCAGCUCGACCGGGGAUGAAGCACUGGGAAAGGAAGCAGAAGGGGACGAUAAAGCCGAGGGAGACGUCCCUCCGUUCAGCUAUUACGGAGUAUUUAGCAUGAACAUAAGCAAUUUUUACAAACAGGACUACUACAAAAGUUUCGUGACGUUGAAAUCGUCUAUCCAGGCGAGCAUCAGAAAAUAUGUCUGCGUGCGGAAGGAGUCAUUCAUGGGGAUUAGCAGCUGCAUUAACAGAUCUUUGUUCCCAGAUGUGUGCAUUUUGCGUGAGUGGAAGGGUAGCCGCUUGAGGGGUGUGAAACGAGACUGCCUUUACUACAGCCUAAGGAACGGUGGGGAGGCUAUGACCUUGUGUCCCGGGGAGGGGCACCCAGCACCCCUGCCUGACUCGACGAAUGACCCUUCCUACAGCACCCGUGCCUGCAGUCCUCUGGGCCACUUGGACACCCUGUUGCUUCUGAGACAUAACAACAGGGAUGGUUCCUACGCACUGGAGUUCUUCAACAUAGUGAAUGGAAAGGGGAGAGUGGUUCCACUGGAGUGA